AUGGCGAAGGCUCUUGGAGGAAAGGGAGAUGCGGGCAAAACAAACCCAGAGGAGCUUUUCGCCGCAGGCUACGGUGCUUGUUUCCAAAGUGCAAUGAAUGCGGUUGCCCCAAGCGUCGGUGUGAAAAUGCCGACAAAGACCGAAGACUCGAUCGUUGAAACGACCGUACAUCUGGUGGGCAGCAUGAAGGAUUUGGACAUGGGGCUUCGAGUGGAGAUGCUCGUAAAGGUCAGAGGAUUGGAGAAGGAAGAGCUUGAGAAGGUUGUGCACAAGGCACGGCAGGUAUGCCCUUACUCUAGGGCGACUAAGGAUAAUGUCUACACUACUGUGCGUUGUGAAACGAUGUAA